GAGAAUCACUGUUGCUGUACCCGUCACCUCUUGACCUCUCAGUCCAACUUUUCUGGACAGAAGACAGCUAUUCAAAAGGUGGUGAAAGAGGUGGAUCACAAAUUUGAGCUGUACUCCAAGUUCUAUUGUGAAUGGAAUUGGAUUGAGCAUUACUGGGGUGCAGCCAAACGUGUGGCUUGCCUAAACUGCGAUUAUUCUUUUAAGUCAUUAGAAAAGAUUCUCCUGUCUUUCUUGGACAGUGCCUCCCCUGUGGCUGGUUCUCGUACCAUGAUCAAGAGAUUUUAUAAAAAGACUUGGAGAUAUAUUGAAGCUUACAGCAAGUUUUUGGAUGCUAAGGAUGCUGAUGCUGAGAUAAAGAAAUUCACCUCAAGAAUCAGUAAAUCUCACCGCAGCAUUGGCACCCAUGAAUAA